AUGGAUCCAUCGGUUUUUUAUAAUACAUCAAUGUUUUUAAUUUUAAUUUUUCUAUCUAACCCUAUUCAAAGCGAGAUCUUUACUGCAACGAAUGAUAUCGAAAAGCUAAUCGAUUCCGAAAUAAACCUAUAUAAUGAAGUCGAUAGUUAUAUUAAGAAACAACAAGAUAGUUUAGCACAAAUGAGAAAUUUGUUAGAUAACGUCAAGUCAAAAAUGGAGAAAGUCGGUUUAAAAGGUUACGAACAAGGAAAACAUCCGUUAGCUAUAUAUUUUCUGGUAAAGCGAUUUUUAACUAAUUGGAAAGCAGUAGGCAACAGGAUACAAAAAGAGGCUACAUUUAAAGCUAACUUAAUUUGUAUCACUUUGGGUCUUCCUUACCGAUUAUAUUUCUUAGACAAAUUUUUGGAAACAUUUGCUCACUACAAUAGUACGUUUCCAAACCUUAAAGAUCUAGAAGGAUCAGCUAAUGGACUCUCACGAUUACAAGAAGUCUAUCAACUAAACAGAAAUGAUCUACUCGACGGAAAAAUAAAUGGAGGCUCUCAUCUUGGUAUAAAAUUCAAUUGGUUUGACUGCUUUACUAUUGGUUUAGCUUCUUACAAGGGGAGAUACUUCCAGCAAAGCUAUGAGUGGAUGAAGAUUGUGUAUAAUAGUAAAGACCCUACAAUAUCGAGUAAUCAGCGUGUUAGAGCCCUAAAUUAUUUGGCUUCCUCUGCUUACCGAAUUGACAAGAUUCAAGAAGCCAUCAAUUUAACGCAGACAUUGUUAAAACUUAAUCCAGAGCAUAAGACAGCAAAGAAAUAUCUGAAUAUCUAUGAGAAGCGUUUGAAUACAUCUACAAAGGAGAAGUCGACAGAAGAUUUAGACGAUGACAAUGAUGACGAAAAGGAUUUCAAGCAGAUCUUCAAUUCUUAUAAAGAAUUAUGUCGAGGCAAUGUUAAUCAAAAGACUGGUGACGAUGUUAAAUUGAAUAAUCAACUGAAUUGCUAUCAAGAUUAUCGAAAUCCUCGAUUACUGUUUUCUCCUUUAAAUGUAGAAGUCUUGAGUCUACAGCCGUAUAUCGUAAUUUAUCAUAAUUUGUUGACUAAUUCAGAAGUGGUAUUGUUAAAAACUCUAGCUAGCCCACUGUUAAAACGGGCUGUUGUAGUUGGUAAACCUGAUAAAGAAUAUGGUGAAGAAACAACUUAUCGAAUAAGCAAAACGGCUUGGCUAGAUAAGGAAGACCAUCCUGCAGUCAAGAGAAUAACUACAUUAAUAGGGGAUAUCAUUGGCCUUACUUCUGAAACAGCUGAGCCACUACAAAUCGCAAACUACGGUAUCGGAGGACACUAUGAGCCGCACUUAGAUUUCAUAGAAUCUGAAGAUAAAGAAGCUCUAUCAGAAUACACUAGUAGAAUCGGGAAUCGAAUUGCUACUGUACUUAUUUAUCUAAGCAAUGUAGAAGCAGGUGGAGCAACUGUUUUUCCAAAGGCUGGUGUAAGAGUUGAACCUCGUCAAGGUAGCGCUGCCUUCUGGUAUAACAUGCAUCGCAACGGUGAAGGCAAUAAAUUAUCAGUUCAUGCAGCCUGUCCAGUGUUAAUCGGAUCUAAAUGGGCUGCUAAUUUGUGGUUUCGUGAAGUUGGACAAGAACUAAGACAUACGUUAACAGAAAUUAAUAUUGCUAGUGCUAUAUUGGAUUUAUUCAAUGCCGAGACACAUGCCACGUGUAUUAAUAAUAAUCUAGCUAAAGUUUUCGAAGAGAUGUAA